AUGGAUAGUGAGCCCGUGAAACAUUUUAAUGCAGAGCUCACGUCCGUCUACGAGUCGAAGCCGCCAGUGACAAAGACAAAGAUUCAAGAGAUCUCAAAGGCUGCGAUAAAAGGACUCAAAUACUAUAAGCACGUCGUUUUUAGUGUUGAAAAAUUUAUCGCAAAGUGCCAACCCGAAUAUAAGAUUCCAUGCCUAUACAUCAUCGAUUCAAUAAUUAGACAAUCGAAGCAUACGUUUAAGCAAAAGGAUGUCUACGGUGAUCGUUUCCAGAAGAACAUGGCGGAUACAAUCGAAAAGUUGCAUAACUGCCCUACGGAAGAUAAGCCGAAAAUUGCGCGCACGUUGCACCUUUGGGUGACGCACAAAGUUUACCCUCCGGAGGUGAUCAACGAAUACUUGAAUAUAUGCAAGAAGCACGGCGUUGAAACCGAUGUCGCUGUUGUCGAGAGGAUGGUCAAGGGAGAAAAAGCGGAUAUGUCCCUCUACGCCUCGGGUGGAAAGCCGCGCGAAGAGAGAAAAGACAAAGGGUCGCGAGAACGGCGUUCGAGAUUUGAGGCUUCAACGCCUCCUGGCAAGCCUCCACCUGCAGCCAUGGCGGUGGCCAGCGAUGAAACACCAGAAGAAGGCAUUUCCGAGAAGACGUUACUGGCCCUUUUGCAAGAGACUGGAAACGAAUUCGGAGGUGUCUUCGCAUCGGAUAUUUCGACGUUGCGAAGAGCUCAUCAAAUUGUCCUUAUGCGGUUGAAAGAAAAAGUCCAAAAGGCCCACGAGGCGCGUGGUGAUCACAUCAAGAACAUUCUUUCUCGCGGCUUCAACUAUAGUGAUGAUGAGGACGAUGCUCAGGACGAGCCGCCAAAGACGUUUAAUCAACAAGAAAUCCAGAGGCAAGCUUUUCUCCAUUUUCUGAUACUUGUGUUUAGUUUCGCCAAACAGCUUCUGAAGGAGAGUUCCGUCGUAUCUCAGCUAAGAGAGCUGCAGAACGCGCGGUUCGCGGCUUUCAAUAAAAUUGCCGAUGAAGCAAGGCAACGGACCGCCGCUUCACAAGCACAGGCACAAAACGCCGCUCAAAACCAGUUUGGUCUUGCCAAUCUGCCCGGCAUGCCUGGAGCUUCUACGGCCAGUUCGAUGCCUAAUCUACCCGGAUUGCCACCGGGUCUGCAGCUACCGCCCAAUUUGGCCGGCUUGCCAGGAUUUCCCCAACAAGGAAUGCCGCCGUUGAACUUCAUGAACUUGAUCUCUGCGAAUCCAUUGUUGGCGGCAGCGGUGCAGAACCAGAUAGCAGCCGGGCUUCCUCCUGGCCUACCACCAGGCUUCCAAGGUCUCCCUGGACUUCCACCAAAUUUGCACCAAGGCCUGCCCCCUAACCUUCCGUCGGGACUCCAACCACCAACACCGACGAGCAUGUCGCAAAAUAUGGCAUCGAUGGGCCUGCCUUUUCUUCAGAAUCGCCCUCCACCAAACAUGCUUCAGGGACUUCCACCCAAUUUUCAACAGCUUAUGCAACAAGGUCCGCCCCCAGAAAAGCCGCAAGAUCCUCAGCAUAACCUCCCGAAAGACUUGGCUGGUCAAAGCAGCACCGCCCAGCUGCGCUCGGAGAUGGAAAAAGCUAUGGAGGAGCGAAUGAGCAAUUCGAGGGACGACCGAAAUCGUGAUGGUCGUGACCGACGGCGAGACGACCGCGAUAGACCUAAUCGAGAUCGCAGCCGUGAACGAAGACGAAGCAGAUCGCGAGACCGACGUGAUGAACGGAGAGACCCACGCGGCCAAGAAACUAGCGAAACUGAUAGAGAGCGGGACAGAAAGCGUCGCCACAUGGGUCUUCCACCUAAAGCAAAGUCCGAGCACUUGAUUGUCGCUUCCUGCACCCUCUGGUUCGGGCGUCUUCCGGCCAAUUGCUCCGAAGAGGAGAUCAAGGUAGCAAUCAAAGACACGGCGUUCCCGAAGAGAAUAUCUUUGGUCGGAAGCAAGGCAUGUGCUUACGUUACCCUCGCCGAUAGAAAAGCCGCAUACAACGUUAUUGCGAAAUAUGAGAAACAUUUGGAGAUCCGCAGCAAGUCCCUGAAGAUUUCUUGGGCCAUCGGACCGGGCUUGAAGAACCAAGAAGCUACCUAUGGCGAAUUUUGGGAUGGUGAUAAAGGGAUUUCUCAGAUUCCGUGGUCGAAGCUUCCACAAAACCUGAUCGAGCUGACAGAGGGGGGUUGGCUCGACUUGGCAAGUCUGCCUCCGCAUCUCGAGGGAAAGAUUGACGAAUUUGCGCUACCAACUCAUCAAGGGCCAAUCAAUCCGUUGACUGGGGCGCCGAUGCCGCAGUUCACUGGGAUGCCUGGCAUCAAUCCGCAGUUUACUCUACCACCAGCCGGACUAGGAAUGUCGGGGGCGCCUGGGAUGGCUUCAGGGCUAGUUCCGCCUCCACAAAUGGGCGGAGGGAUGCCACCACCGGGAAUGCAGCUCGGCAUGGUACCACCACCAAAUUUCCCCGGUUUUCCUCCGCAAAAUGGCGGCUUCCCCGGCGGGCGUCCCGGAGCACCAGGUCCACCGAUGCCAGGCGCUCCUCCUCCGCCUUUCAAUGGAGGACCACCACCGAUGGGCGGUAUGCCUCCUGGCGGCUUCAAUAUGCCCCCGCCACAGCGUGGAGGCUUCAACAACAGUCCCAACUUCCGCGGCGGGUUCGAGCCAAGAGGGAACAGAGGCCGUGGAGGAUUCGGCCAACCGAUGAUGGGCGGUGAUCGAGGUGGAUUCGCGGGCGAUCGCGGCGGUUUCCGAGGACGUGGCUGGAGCGGCGACAAUUUCCGUGGUGGUCACGGACAAUGGCGAGGUCGGGGUGACGGCGGGUUCGUGCCGAGAGGCGGGUUCGGUGGGCCUCCUCCAAUGGGUGUUCCACUUCCCGAUAUGACUGGAUUCCCUGGUGUCCAAUUCCCGCCACCGAUGAAUGUCCAUCCAAACGACGACUCUCAAGUUUCAUCUACCGUAAACGAUGAUGAGCCGCCUACUGUAAAUGCAAAUGUGGUCACGAGGGCGAUAGAUGCCUCACUAGAGAAAGAAAAAGAGGCGAUCGCUGACGAGCCUAUGGAUGCUGACAAC